AUGUCCGCCGGGAGUCUCUGGAAAUCCUCUAAUCCUAUCGAACAACUCCAUCCCUAUUCUUAUCCCUAUUUAUUACUACCGCCAUCACAAUCUCUCGUCAUGACCGCCACCCUUGAACGCAGCGUUUCUCGAACUUCGAGCAUGUCGAUGCCGAUAUCUAGCCCUAGACUCUCGCUAAGACACGAGACCACCCCGCCCAGCCUCUCCGAUCCCGCCCUCUCCCAUCUCCACGACCGACUAACCCUGCUCGACUCGCGUGUCCUCGAAUUACGUUCGACAAUCCUGACCAAAGAUGGCUACAUCGACCGACGCAACCGCGAGGACGAACACAUUCGCCGGGAAUUUGAAGCCCAUCGCUCCAUCUCGAGCCGCAUCGACCUGAACGUGGUUGCGUUACGGACCGAUGUCGACCAGCUCAAGUCGGGCGUUUUCCAACUGAAAUCGAGCAUCGGCCAGUCCGGCAACGAGACCGUCUUCCUACGCAGCGAUGUCGACCGUCUUUCGAAGAAUAUCGAUCAGAUCCAGUCCGAUCUGAAGCAGCUGCAGACCGACGUCUGUGGAUGCAGCGUGGAGAUCAGCAAAUUGCACGCGACUAUCAGCCAACUCCGAACCGAUCUGAUUACUCUGCAGCACGAAACUUCUCGCCACCUGAACUCGGUUUUCGACCGGUUUUCUUUGAUCGAGUCCCGGAUGAAGCAUUCGGAACGCGUCCGAUUCAACUCUCUGGCCCACACAACACAUGCUCCUAUCACGCCGGUACCGGUCGUUGAGGCCGACGGAUCGUUGCAGUGGCCCGAAUAUUUUCCCAGGACCGUGUGGCGGUUCUGGUGUUUGAAGAAGCGAAGUCGGGUCAACCGCUUGAUCCAACUGGCCGAUUUUUACGAGCUUGGGGGAUACCAGUACUGGGGUCGAAUGCAUCAAACCGAAUCGACCUUCGGAAGUGACAGCGAGUCCAGCGACUCGAGUGACUAUCCUUCCAACUUGACCCGUGCGGAAGCCGUCCGCUUGUACCCGGAGGCUGCUCACCAGGCUUUGGCCGCAACACUAGGACUAGUGUAUUACAAGAUCCGCAACGAGGUCGGCGAAGGUCCGAAUGCUCAUUUACCCGCCCGUCCUCCCAAGCGCCAGCAGGAAGAGGUGGCCUCGGCCAACUCCGGCUCCAAGCACAAGCAAGUGAAGGUGGCGCGUCGUCCCAAUGAUAUAUCGCCCACGACUCUCCACAAGCUGGUUACUGGACCCUCGCUGGAAUCGAAAUCCAUCGUGUCCGAAGAAUCGGACAGACUCGGAUGGAACGCUCAUUCUGAGACCUCUGACGAGGCUAUGAGCAAACUUCGAGGCAUUGUUUCGGAGGAAGUGGGUACAUUGCUUCGGGCUUUGGAACGAGGUCGUAUCAAACUCAAGCCUGGUCGGAACGAACGAACGAAUCUGUCGCCUACUGAAUCCAAGGGCGGGCCUCGCAAUAGCAAGCUCGGCUUGGAUGGGGCGCAAGACGAUGACGAGCGUACCUUGCCGAAUACCAUUCCCACAGAGAUUGUUUCUCCUUCCUCUGGGAAGACUGAAAGAACGGAAGAGCAUGAACUUCCCGAUACUGCAUCCAAUUCCACUAGCCCAUGA